GCGGCUCCUCCUCCACGAUAACGCUCUCCUGCUUCGUGAUUUAUCUCGUACGCUCUUCUGUUGUUAUGAGAUUAGGAUAGAAAAAGGAAGGCGGCCCUCCUUCAUCUGCAUAUAUAGCUCGCACUCCCUCCAAAUCCUUCCAACGCUCUUCUACAUCCCUCCAAAUGCACAACUUGUUCACAUUAGUGCCCGAAGCCAUCCAAUUCUUAUUGCAGAUUGCCUUCUCAUUUAUCGCUGCCCUCAUUAUUCAUCUCCACUUCCAUCACUGCACCUCCAACCUCCACCACACUUUCUCAUCGACCAUGCACUUAAGGACCACUGUGGACCUCAGCUAGUGCCUAAUGUUCCCAGGUUUGACUCGCUCUUCCGUAACGAAAGAAAGAAUCUAACCUAAGAGUCUAGGCAUCAUAUCAUCAUCGGUCCUCGUUUCGAUCCAUAUUCCUUCCUUCUUCAGAACGUCCAUACACAAGGCAGACAGCGUUCCCAAAUACUCAACCUACAGCCUGUCCCCUUAUCGGUGGCAAUGACUGUGGUUCGACUAUCAGAAUUGCGGUAUGCCUGGUGUAGGGGAUGUUCUGAAGCAGGGUAGGGAUCCCCUGCUCAACCCCUGUGAAGAAGAUUGUCAUCCUUCCGACAGGAGUCCCUCGACAAGAGGGAUACUAUUUAAUGG